CUGCGCAUGCGUCUCGACUCUCCGACGUCCCGUAGAAAGCGAAAGUCCUCAGGACGGAAAAUGUCAUACAUGAAACUGAUGUCGCUUUGCGCCGCGGCUCCGGGCCUGGUUGGGAUUGCUUCCUGCGAGGCCGCAAAGAAGAACGCCCAGCCGGCACUGCGCCUUGACCAGCUGCCGUCUCUGUACAGCAGACCCCAGGAGGAAUGGCGGCAUGUUGAGCCAGAGGAGGCGGCAGUGCCAGGCCCUUUGGAGCAGAGCAUGGCAUCACUAAGGAAAUGGGCACAGCCGUGCGCAGACCAGUGUCAGCAAGCAGGUCGAACUGCAGCAGACAAAGCUGAGGAAGUGUACAGAAAGAUGGAGCCCACCAUUGACGCCACCGUCACAACAGUCAUGGACGUCUAUCAGUUCCUCAGUGCUCCUCCCCCAGACCUCUACCCCAGCGUGGCAGCAGUGGGCUUCUCGGGCUUGCUGGGUCUCUACUUGGCCAAAGGGUCAAAGGUGAAGCGUGUGGCGUUUCCAGUGGGCCUCAUGGCCUUGAGUGCCUCCAUGUUUUACCCUCAGCAGGGGGCCUCACUCUUCAAGGUGAGCAGAGACUCUGCGUACUCAUGGGUUCAGCAGGGCCGCGUCGCCGUGGAGGCGCUUUGGAAAGACACGCCUUUUGGCAAAAAGAAGCCUGAAAAGACAGAGCGGCGGGACGGCGGCAGCAGCUGAAGCUGGAGAGAAGAAUCACGUGUACGCUCUUUUGACUGAUUAUCUCCACGCUACGUGGAACGUCUCACCGUCUCUUGACAAAAAGCUUAUUGUGUGUAGCUGACCCCUGGAGUUGGCUAUGCAAAUGACACUUGACACCUUCUUCUAGUCUCUUUACAUUACAAUACUGAUGUUUCUAGUCAGGAGGACUCUCGAACAAAGUCGUUCUUUUUUUCCACUUUGAAUAUUCUUUUGUGUGUUUGGGGUGUCAGUGACAUGCACAACCACACACAUUCUGCCUGAUCCUCUUUCAUGUCUUCGUCUUCCUCCAUAUGAGAGUCAGGCGCUCUUUACAUUCCCAAGCAGCACACAUUCGUUCUAAAUGGUAUGUCUGAAAAUAUACUGGAAUGAUUUCUGGCCUGCAAUCGAUUGUUUUAUUUAAUAAAGGCCACUCAUCCUCAUUGGGUGAGCUGGGUCAAAACAUC